AUGGGAAUAGAAACGGUAGAAGAAAGAAUGAAAAGAAUAGAAGAGCAGAAAAAAUAUUUGAAAGAACAUGAAGGUCAUGAAGAUAUGCAUACGAAAAUGGUGCUUGUGCUUUUUGGAACCCUUUUUGCCGCUCAAAUUAUUCUAUUCGUCUGGCAGAAGCGCCACAAAAGAAGUUAUAACGCCGCUACUCUUCUUGGAAUGCUGAUAAUUCCAGUCAUUUGGGCUAUUAGCGCGGAAAAAUAUGUUGUGACAACUCGCCAUGCUCAUAUCUACUGCAUGGCUUGCGAUACAGAGACUCGACUUCUUUCAAAAAGAUUCCCCGCGGAAGGUCCCAUUCUCGAUGUUGAAGAUUGCUGCGACAAGUGUGGAGAUCACUUCUAUCGACCCUUCUCCCCUUUGGAAUGGGAGCAACUUCUAAAACAUGCUCUCGUUACAAGGAAAAAAGUCUACAUACGCGAUUUUCACAGAGCUUUUCGCGACUGGGGACCAUUAGAAUAUCAUUGGGCUGAACCUUCCGGCUCAAUUAUUCGGAAAGCCGAUUUGCGAAUGGCUCGAGAACAGGAAAUAACCGACGAAGAGAAAAAUACCUGUCUUAUUUGUCUCGAGAAAGGUCCGACUUUAGAGAUGCCAUGCCGCCAUUACUAUUGCGCAUCUUGCGUGGAGAAAACAAAAACGCUGAAGAAAAAAUGUGUUACUUGCAACAUACGAUUCCGCUACCAUGGUGUGGACAUAAGAGAGAACAGACAUCUCUUCGCUGGUUUCUUUCAGUAA